GAUGCAGCUUCAUUUUGGGUGCAGAGACCGUGUUCUUGGGAAAUAUGUUUUAGCUGAAAAAGAAGAUAAAAUAAUAACAACACCGGUGCUUCUACAAGGCGAUCUCCAGAACCGUUUUUGGCUAUUCACAUUUUUGUUGUGUCUCAUAAUCCACAUAAAACAAUGUGGAAUUGGCUGCUGGCAGUUUGAUCAGUUUGAGCUGCCGUUACUCUUGGGAUUGGCAAUUUUCUGGCUUUUGAAAGCAAACUGCUUGCAAGCAGAGUUCAGAUGUCUAGGCAGAGGACUGACCCGCCGCAUCCAGGUUUUCAGAGCUGUUGACAAGACUGAGGCUUUCCAGUUCCUCCAGGGAACAGCUGCCCAGGCCCUGAGAUUGAGCUGCACUUCUGGUUACCCAGAGAACCUUUUCUGCUACGUGCUGAGAAGUGUGCGCACCCUUCACGUGUGAGUGCCCUCAGGGCUGUAGCAGAGCUCUGAUCUAGGGUGGUUGUUCACAUUCUGGUGUAUCCUGUCUGCCUGUCCUUCUCCUGAGCUCCUCUGGCUGUCAGAGGGUGUAACUGUACUCCGUGCUGGCAGAACCACGCCUGGUGGCGUUGCCCAGUCCCUUGCUGGAGGCCAGCCAGGAGCAGGCAGUUCUGUGCAGGACAAAUCGGUACAAACGCACAUGCGACACCCAGCUCUGCUUUUCCCUCACCUGUGCUGCCUGGUAAAUCUGGAAAAGGAGCUUUGUGUCUUGCUGUCCUGCACGGUUCUGCUGCUUUUACUGUGUGAGAGAUCUUUGCCACGUGUACGAUCGCUUUGUUUGUAAUUUGUAGUUACUCAAAGGGUUGUGCAGGUUACAUUGCUGUUGGGGCUUUUUAAAGGGAAGAGUUUGUUGCUUAAUUGUGUUUUGAGCACGGUUAAAAUGGAAAGCAUAACCAUGUUGUAUUUAUUACUGUUCUGCCAUAACAGCCCAGAGCUGUAACACACCAAAAUGUUACGCUUGAAAGAAUUUUCCUCAUUUGCAUGUGGUGUUGACUUAAACUUUUAACACAAAAUGGAAGCGGUUGUGUUGUAGUUAGAUUUUUCUGCAAGUGCUUUCUCGGAGUGUGCCCUGUGAAUCUGAUGUGGUUGAGAUUUAUAGCAGUGCUGAGUGUAUUCGCUGCCUCGGUCAGCUGCGAAAGCUCUCCCGCUGGGGCCGCUCCUCCCUGAUGGAAAAGGAGCAGCUGGGAAGGUGCUGUUUCAGGCUCUUGCUGGCAUUAUAAAAAAAAAAAGAAAAGGAAAAAACAAACUCCGCACACACUUAUAUUGGAGAGGGGGAACCAGGCCACGUGACUCCCACCAUCCUACCCUAUGUCACCAUGUGUGUAGGAGCGCUGACUGCUCCUGCCCAAUCAUGCCUGGAAUGCUGCUUGCCACUUGGGCUAUUUCUGCUAUCUGUCGCUCCCAGGGCUGCAGUGCUAACCGUUUGGCAGAUGGGACACUUUUUCUAGGAGUUUAUGUCUUUGGUUUUUAACUUCUGGCAGUGCCUGAAUUGUUGCUGUUCUCCCUCUCCUUUUCUUCUCUCUGUAAAACCAUGGCCCAUCGGCUGCGGUUUCAUUUCGGCUCUGGGAGAAGCAACACAGCCCCCGAAUCGGAGAUCCUUGCCCGGGAGAGAGAAGAUGACUUUUUCAUGGCGUUCCACACCUUGCCGAGAAGAAGCAGCCCUCACGCGUUCUCGCGGCACGGAGCGGAUUACGGCGGCGAUGGAGAUCUGCACGAAGCGGGCUCCUUGAAAAGGAGCACAUCCAUGUUCAUCCCGCAGCUGCUGAACGGCCUCGACACGCGCCCCACCAGGAGCUCAUCCAUGCAGAUCUCGCUGCAGCGCAAAGGCGCCGACGGCUGCGCCGACGAGUGCGCGGCCCUGGAGUCUCCGGAGGAGACGCCUCUCUGUAAAUUCGCAGACUUGAGGGAGCGUUACGCAUCCUCUGCUGAAAACUGCUCUUCUCCGAGCACUCCACAGGUGACUCCUGAAAGUUCUUCACCCGGGCUGCCGGAAGAGUUAGGGCAGCAGACGGAUGGAACUGUCUGCUGUAACCGUAGAAUAUUUUGUAGCGUUCCAACUAAUAACCAGAGCGAGGAGGCUCUGCUGCCUGCCCAGCGAGAAGAAGCAAGUGAAGCAGCUUCAGCUUUGAACAUAAGCGGUGUGAGGAUUCAGCAUCGGGCCUCAAGCGCAGACGUGCCUCAAGUUACUCUUCUUCCCUUUGGUCCUGAGGCUCCAAAUAAUGCUCCCACCCCUGAACCCCGACGCUGGUCCUUGCAGCAUGUGCCAGAUCUGUCAGCAAAUUCAGGGAAAAAGUUCUUUGUUCUCCAGUUACAGCAGCCACAGACGAGCGGUGCAGGCGUGGGAGGUGGAGGUAACUUCGGCUUUACUGGAACAAAAGGGGACAGGUUGGUCAGGUACCCUCGGAUCCGGCUGGAAAGGAGUACUUCCUACCCUGUCCAGCCACCAGCAGAGGGAAUUAGCCCCGCAGGUGAAGGGCUGAAUUCGGAACUGCCUGGAAACAGCAGGAACAGGGCAGAAAUACCUAGAAGCAAUUCGGUAGAGCGGAUGCCUCAAGGGCAGGGAUGCUUGUUUAAAAUCAGACCGGAUCAAAACAUGAGGCAGCAGCACUUCAGGAUUCUUGUCACACGUGGGCCUGAAGAACAAAGUCAGGCCGUUGGUAAGGAGGCCAGCGGCACCCCCGGUCCCACGGCAGCCGGCCCCGCAACCAGAGACGACUUCCUGGGCCAGGUGGAUGUGCCGCUCAGUCACCUCCCGACUGAAGACCCAACUAUGGAGAGGCCAUACACAUUUAAGGAUUUCCUCCUCAGACCAAGAAGCCACAAAUCUCGUGUGAAGGGUUUCUUGAGACUGAAGAUGGCGUAUAUGCCCAAAAAUGGUGGCCAAGAGGAAGAAAACAGUGAUCAGAGGGAUGACUCUGAGCAUGGCUGGGACGUGGUGGAUUCCAGCGACGCCGCGUCUCAACGUCAGGAGGAGUUGCCACCUCCUCCACUGCCUCCUGGGUGGGAAGAGAAGGUGGACAACCUGGGGCGGACUUACUACGUGAAUCACAACAACAGGACCACCCAGUGGCACCGACCCAGCCUCAUCGAUGUGGGGUCCGAGUCAGAUAACAACAUCAGGCAGAUAAACCAAGAGGCAGCUCACCGGCGCUUCCGCUCUCGGCGCCACAUCAGCGAGGAUUUGGAGCCAGAGCCUAUGGAGAGUGGAGACAUUCCUGAGCCUUGGGAAACCAUUUCAGAGGAGGCAAGUGCCAGUGGGGAUUCCUUAAGCUUGUCACUGCCACCUCCUCCUGCAUCUCCAGUGUCCCGGACCAGUCCUCAGGAGCUGUCUGAGGAGCUGAGCAGAAGACUCCAGGUCACUCCUGAUUCCAAUGGGGAACAACUCGGCUCUUUGAUUCAAAGAGAACCUUCUUCACGACUGAGGUCCUGCAGUGUGACAGACACAGUCGCUGAACAGUCCCAGCUAUCCCUGCAGAAUGGUCCCUCUAGGAGAGCUCGUUCUUCAACUGUCACAGGGGGAGAGGAGCCAACGCCUUCUGUGGCUUACGUGCACACCACGCCUGGCUUACCUUCGGGCUGGGAGGAGCGCAAGGAUGCCAAGGGCCGGACCUACUACGUCAACCACAACAACCGGACCACAACGUGGACACGGCCCAUCAUGCAGCUCGCCGAGGAUGGGAUGGUGGGGCCGGGCACGAGCAGCAGCAACCACCUGAGCGAGCCACAGAUCCGGCGGCCCCGCAGCCUCAGCUCCCCCACUGUCACCCUGUCAGCACCGCUCGAGGGCAUGAAGGACUCUCCGGUGCGCAGGGCAGUGAAGGACACUCUCUCCAACCCUCAGUCCCCGCAGCCGUCCCCCUACAACUCCCCCAAGCCCCAGCACAAGGGGGCCCAGAGCUUCCUGCCCCCGGGCUGGGAGAUGCGCAUCGCCCCGAACGGCCGCCCCUUCUUCAUCGACCACAACACCAAGACCACCACGUGGGAGGAUCCACGGCUGAAGUUUCCAGUGCAUUUGAGAUCCAAAGCAUCUCUGAACCCCAAUGACUUGGGCCCUCUUCCUCCUGGCUGGGAGGAAAGAAUACACCUGGAUGGAAGAACGUUUUAUAUAGACCAUAGAAGCCAGGUGUUGAUAUGUGGAGACAUUGAUACCAGAGACUUAGUGCCCUCCUACGAUAAUAAAAUUACGCAGUGGGAAGACCCCAGGCUGCAGAACCCAGCCAUCACGGGCCCAGCAGUGCCGUACUCCAGGGAGUUCAAGCAGAAGUACGACUAUUUCCGCAAGAAGUUAAAGAAACCUGCUGACAUACCCAACAGAUUUGAGAUGAAAUUACACAGAAAUAACAUUUUUGAGGAGUCCUACAGAAGAAUCAUGUCUGUGAAGAGACCUGAUGUACUAAAAGCCAGACUCUGGAUUGAAUUUGAGUCAGAAAAAGGACUUGACUAUGGAGGUGUGGCCAGAGAAUGGUUUUUUCUCUUGUCCAAGGAGAUGUUUAACCCUUACUAUGGUCUCUUUGAAUACUCAGCAACGGACAACUAUACACUUCAGAUUAAUCCUAAUUCAGGUCUCUGUAACGAAGACCAUCUGUCGUACUUCACGUUCAUUGGCCGGGUUGCCGGCCUGGCCGUGUACCACGGGAAGCUGCUGGACGGCUUCUUCAUCAGACCUUUCUACAAGAUGAUGCUGGGGAAGCCCAUAACUCUGAAGGACAUGGAGUCAGUGGAUAGCGAAUACUACAACUCUCUGAAGUGGAUCCUGGAAAAUGACCCUACGGAGCUGGAUCUCAUGUUUUGCAUAGAUGAGGAAAACUUUGGACAGACAUAUCAAGUGGACCUGAAGCCCAAUGGGUCCGAAAUCAUGGUAACAAAUGAAAACAAGCGGGAAUACAUUGACCUGGUCAUCCAGUGGCGGUUUGUCAACAGAGUGCAGAAACAAAUGAAUGCCUUUCUGGAGGGAUUCACAGAACUGCUUCCUAUUGAUCUGAUUAAAAUUUUUGAUGAAAAUGAACUAGAGUUACUGAUGUGUGGCCUUGGUGACGUCGAUGUCAAUGACUGGAGACAACACACCAUCUACAAAAAUGGUUACUGCCCAAAUCAUCCCGUUAUCCAGUGGUUCUGGAAGGCUGUUCUGCUGAUGGAUGCUGAGAAACGGAUCCGGCUCCUGCAGUUUGUGACCGGGACAUCACGUGUGCCUAUGAACGGAUUUGCUGAACUUUAUGGUUCAAAUGGUCCUCAGCUGUUUACAAUAGAGCAGUGGGGGAGUCCUGAUAAGCUGCCCCGAGCUCACACCUGCUUUAACCGCCUAGACUUACCUCUGUAUGAAUCUUUUGAAGACCUGCGGGAGAAGCUCCUCAUGGCCGUGGAGAAUGCCCAAGGGUUUGAAGGGGUGGAUUAACUUUGCAGGAGCCGUUCCCUCUCCAAGCAUGUUUUGCUGGCUUUGGCACCUGCCCGAGGGACUCCAAGGGACUGUGGCAUAGCAGUUGCCCAGCGCUGGGCUCUGGAGCAAACCCUGGCAGCGCAGGGGCCGAGCCCCAAGGCUGGGACUGUCACCUGGGGUGGCCUUGCUGAUGUUCCCGCAGCAGUUGCGAACUGAUCACAUUUCAGCAGGACUUACUCUAUUUAUGUUGUGCCUCUGUAGGCAAAGCCCUUAAUAAAUAUUUUACACAAUUUCUAAUGACAAUGAAUGGAAUUAAUCAUUUUACAGGUAUAGUAUUACAACUCAUGUUUACUUCUUAAUUGCUUUAGACAUUUUCAGAUUUUAUUUCAUUACAAUUAAAUAUCAUAUACUUGGAAAAAAUGAGCAUUUUUCUUAAUUUCAGACUUUUUUUAAAGCACGUUGAGCCUUGUGUUCCUAAACCAUUCAGAGUAGGAGAAAGCGCUGUUGGAAGCUUUCUCUCCAUGGGCUGUCUCUCAAAAGCAGCUCUCUUCUUUAAGCACAUCACUAUUGUUCUGUAUCCAGAAGUAUGGGCUGGAUGUUGCGUUUUUGUAUAAGUACUAGAAGAGUGUCAAGGCACAGCAGAGCCCUGGCACAGCAUGUCCAGAUCUCUGUUCUACCGAAACUGCCUUGUUACUGCCAAGCUGUACAUGUGCUACAAAGCAUCUGGACUGGGGUUGGCAUUAAGCCUUGCAGGAGAACGUGCUGAACCCUGUCAUUCUCUCUGUACAGUGAUUGGUUUUCCAUCCUUUCCUCAUUCCUGUUUGCAACGGAGGCGUUCCGAAUGAAAUCUGGCACUCUGGAACACAGCUCUGUUCUGGCUCCUGUUUGUGUGCACUUGCUAAUGAACCUAAUUAACACUGGGGCUGUUCAUUUCUAAUGGCACUGACUCUGAAGGCACUUUCUGUACCACUGGGAAGGCAGACCUGGUUUGAGCAUAAACAUUAAUGGGAUUUUACUCCUUCCCACUGCACAUGUCCUUCUGGUGCAAGAUCUGUCCAUGGUGAAUUUGGCUGCUGCUGACCCAACCAGCUCUAGACCUGAGCCUGCAGACAUGUUCCUCAGCAAUUGUUUCUGUGGUUUCUUUUUUACUUACAAAGAUUUAUUUAAUAUACACUGCUAUCUAAUCCAUUUUGUUACCUAUGACAUGUUGCAUGCCUAAUCUAUAAUGUCUGAGUUGCUUCUGUUUUGUGGCGGAUUAAACGUGACAGAUUUGUGCUUGCCCCA